CCAGGCUCCCAGGCGGGGCCUUAGCUAAAGGCGCGGAGCACAGGGCGCCGAGAGCGCAGAGUAGAGCAGCGCCCAGUGGAGAGGAGUGGGAGACGAGGAUCGUACGGUCCCCGCCCGCCCACUAGCGUCCACGCCGCUUCCGCACCCUUAUCCCUGCUGGCCCUUGCCGGACGCGACCGGCCGCCAUGCAGCCCUAGGGCUGAAGCGGCCCCAUGGCGAAGCCAGCGUCCCAGCGGUCCCGGCAACUACGGCGCAUGGAGAACUUCCGUAAGGUGCGCUCCGAGGAGGCGCCGGUGGGGAACGGGGAGGAGGGAGGCGGCCCUGGCUCGGGCCCCUUCGGCGACCUGGCGCCAGGCGCCGUGCACAUGCGGGUCAAGGAGGGCAGCAAGAUCCGGAAUCUGCUGGCCUUCGCCACCGCCAGCAUGGCGCAGCCAGCCACGCGCGCCAUCGUCUUCAGCGGCUGCGGUCGGGCCACCACCAAGACCGUCACGUGCGCGGAGAUCCUCAAGCGCCGCCUGGUGGGCCUGCAUCAGGUCACGCGGCUGCGCUACCGGAGCGUGCGCGAGGUGUGGCAGAGCCUCCCGCCGGAGCCCACGCCGGGUCAGAAGCCUGACGAACCAGCCGCCAGUCUCACUGUACUCAAGAACGUGCCCAGUCUCGCCAUCCUACUUUCCAAGGAUGCACUUGAUCCACGCCAACCCGGCUACCAGCCCCCGAGCCCCCAUCCUGGACCCUCUUCCCAGCCAACUGCACCGACGUCUAAGAGGAGUCUCGGAGAACCCGCAGCUGGAGAAGGCUCCGCGAAGAGGUCACAGCCUGAGCCAGGUGCAGCGGAAGAGGACCAGACGGCCUGAGAACUCCAUCUUCUGGGCCACGUAGACGGGCUGGAUCUUACCCCCCUGAGCUUCGACCUUGAGACACACCUCCAGCCUUUCAUGUCUUGGUACACUGGAGCCCCCAGUCUGGACCCAGCUCCUCAGACUGGAAGCACGGACCCCAAGGCGACAAGAGAGGGACCCCAGAGAAGCUUCGUGCGCCUCUACCUAUGUUGCCUGACGUUACAGGACUCCACCUUCAGCUUUUCUGAACCAUACAGGGAUCUACUUCAGGGAGGGAAUGGUGGGCAGUAGAACUUGAGCGUUGAUCAGAACCUGCAAAGGUUAAAGGCACUUAGGAUUUUUGAAGAGGGCUUGGAGGGUGGAAGCUGAGGAAACUCUUGGAAUCCCCCCACAAUUGUAGUGGAGGGUAAUGGGUCAGAAACCACUGCUUGAGGGCAGGGGAUUCUGAGUUGUGUGGGGCCCUAUUCUGCCCCUUACCCCAGCACACAGUUUCUAGUUUUCCUUCCCCUGCGUUUAAGGAGCAUCCUGAGAUCAAGAUGGCAGGGGCAUCUCCCCGGGCUCUAGCUCUUUUAACAUCCCCCCUUCCCCAUGCUGGCCCAGAGGAGAAGACCCAGGACAGGACUCUCCAUGCCUCCUCCUUUGAGCCCCAUAGCAGCUGGAGUCUUGCUUCCAAUAAAACAAACACAAAAAUGA